AUGCAGUUCCGUCGUUUCCAAUCUACACUGAAACUGGUGUCUCGAUGCCCGCCUCCAAAGUAUGAUACCGGAUGCACAUUCUGUCAACCACCUCCAGAAUUGGACUUGAAAUCUCCUCCAUUCUCCAUCAGAAACACUGCCCCUCCACUGGCAAAACACGUGAUUGUCUUAUCGGAAACUUCCAAUAAGGACUGGCCGAAGAAAGUGGAGGCAUAUCCCGUGAUGAGGAACCUCGGCGCUGUUGGUAGGGGAAAUGGUAACCUGUUCAGCAUGUCAACCCUAUGUCCCGAAACCGAAACCGGUCAUGUCGAGGUGUUGGUUUAUCCCGACUCGAAGAAAGUGACAUUCAAAGACAACUCGGCCAAUUAUAGUAAGUUCGUCAAGGCCAUGGACGGAGAGCUGGCUACAAAUGAAACCCUUUCAGUUACCGCUUUUGAAAAACCACUAAUCUUAAUAUGCGGACACGCAGAGCGUGAUGUGAGAUGUGGUGUCGUGGGGGAACUUGUACAUGAUGAAUUUGAGAAAGUUCUGCAUAGGGAAAAACUCAAUGUGGAGCUCGGGUAUAUCAGCCACAUUGGCGGCCAUGUGUAUGCUGGCAAUGUUUUGAUUUAUAAGCCCAACGGAACCAUGGUUUGGUAUGGAAUGGUGAGGCCGCAACAUGUCCAAGGAAUUGUCACAAAAACAGUCAAAGCCGACACGCUCAUUGAGGAAUUACUUAGAAACUAA